CAUUCCAGAGAAUCGUUGCUGAAGUUCUCAACUUUGCUCACUUGUCCGCUUCAACUCACUGUUUAAAGGGGGAAAGAUCGUUUUUUUUAUAUAGGGGUUGGAAGAGAGAAAGCAAAUGAAGUAAUGGAGGCGGCGAAUCUCUAGUUUUUACGGCAGAAAGGGAAUCUUCGUCUUAUGGCAUGGCAUGCCUGGUGAAGAAGAAGAAACAGUGUGUUGUAGCCGAUUCGAAUCUCGACUCUGACCUUGCUUUGACCUGCUCCACCAACUCUUAUACGGUUUUUGAUGGAAAAUUGCAUCGCCUUCCCCUGUUUUCUUUUCCAGGCGAUGACAACUUUGCGAUUCUUUGGCUCUUUCCUUCUCAUGUUAUUUGUCGUCUUCACCCAAAUUGCACCCAAUACUGUGCAAGCAUUUACUGGAACUUAUGGCAUCAAUUAUGGGAGAAUUGCAGAUAAUAUUCCCUCACCAGAUGAAGUUGUUACGCUGCUCAGGGCUGCAAAAAUAAGAAAUGUUAGAAUUUAUGAUGCUGAUCAUAGUGUUCUUAAGGCCUUCGGUAAAACUGGUCUUGAACUUGUAAUUGGACUUCCCAAUGGACAGUUGCAAGACAUGAGUUCCAACCCAGACCAUGCUUUGAACUGGGUGAAGGACAAUGUACAGGCAUUUCUUCCUGACACACGGAUUCGGGGGAUUGCGGUGGGCAAUGAGGUUUUCGCUGGUGACUAUAAUUCGUGGGGAGCUCUUCUGGGUGCUGCAAAGAAUAUACAUAAUGCUACCCAGAAACUCAAUCUGGAUGGUAUUCAGAUUUCUACUGCACACUCAUCUGCUGUAUUUAAGAACUCCUACCCUCCCUCCUCUUGUAGAUUUGCAGAUAAUAUUAAUCAGUAUAUGAAGCCACUGCUGGAGUUCUUCUCCCAAAUUGGCUCUCCUUUCUGUUUAAAUGCUUACCCCUUCCUGGCCUACACGUAUGAUCCAGAGAAUAUUGAUUUAAAUUACGCACUUUUCCAGCCAACAAAGGGAAUUUAUGAUCCCAAGUAUCGUUUACAUUAUGAUAAUAUGCUUGAUGCUCAGAUAGAUGCAGCCUAUGCAGCUUUGGAAGAUGCUGGAUUUGAUAAAAUGGAAGUCAUAAUUACUGAGACAGGGUGGGCCUCGCAUGGAGAUGAAAGUGAACCUGCAGCAACUCCAACUAAUGCGAGGACAUAUAACUAUAACCUGCGUAAAAGACUUGCUAAGAGGAAAGGAACCCCACAUAGGCCAAAAGAUGUUGUGAAGGCUUACAUUUUUGCACUUUUCAAUGAGAAUCAGAAGCCUGGGGCAGGUUCUGAGAAGAAUUAUGGACUUUUCAAGGCUGAUGGGAGCAUAUCAUAUGACAUUGGGUUUCAUGGACUUAAUGCUGGAGAUUCAUCUCUUUUGUCCUUCAAGAAUAUUUAUGCUCAAGGCUUGUCUAGAUCCUACGCCACGGUAUUAUUUCUCUCAACUUUGGUACUCCUGCUUUUCUGGAGUUAGUGAUAAGAGCAUCGACUUCUCUCAUUUCUCAUGGCAACAAUAAAGGGGUUUUGGAUUCAGAUGUUUUUUAUCCCACCCUGCAGAUUAAAGUCACAGCAUUUUAUGUAGUCGAUAGUGUAAAGUAAUUUUUAGCAACGAAGAAUUUUGUUCAGACUCAGGAGAUCUGUAGUUAUUUUUCUUUUGAGAAAAUUUUCCUUAAUUUUCUCACUUCCAGUAUAGUUCACCUGUUUUAAUUGCAUUGGAAAUGAUAUCAAUGCAUGGAUAACUGUUCAAAGAUGAUGCUUUAAAAUGGAUGGAUGGGCUCUACCUUUUAACAA